GCGCGCUGUCAGACAGGGGCGGGUGUGAGGGAAACAGCUGUCUUGCGAUCAGGAGUAUGAGCCUCUCAGAGGACCGCAUGAGCUCCGGACACUUCAGGAGUCUCCAGCUAGUGACAAGGGCGAUAUGGAUCAACUCAUAAACAACUUGGAGGUCCAACUUAAUUCAGAAGGUGGCUCAAAGCAUAUAUUCAAACAGGUCACUGGCCCUGUUAAAAUUAGAGAUUCCCUUAAGGCAGCAGACAGAGGUAAUAUGACAUCUCCACCACUCCUGGAUGCCAACCCCAUGGAGAACCCAGCACUGUUAAAUGACAUCAAGAUUGAGCCCCCAGAAGAACUUCUGGCUAAUGAUUUCAACCUGCCCCAGGUGGAACCAGUUGACCUCUCCUUUCACAAGCCAAAGUCUCCUCUUCAGCCUGCCAGUAUGCUGCAAGCUCCAGUACGUCCUCCCAAGCCACAGUCUGCUUCCCAGACACUUGUAGUAUCCACUUCAACAUCAGACACAGGCACUUCAGCAAACAUCCCUACUGUUCUGACCCCAGGCUCUAUCCUGGCCUCCUCUCAGGGCACUGGUGGUCAGCAGAUCUUACAUGUGAUUCACAGCAUCCCCUCAGUCAAUCUGCCAAAUAAGAUGGGUAGUCUGAAGGCCAUCCCAGUGAUGGUGCAGUCACUGCCCAUGGUGUAUACUACUUUGCCUGCAGAUGGGAGCCCUGCAGCCAUUACAGUCCCACUCAUUGGAGGAGACGGCAAAAAUGCUGGAUCAGGAGAGAAGCCUUAUAAAUGCACCUGGGAUGGCUGCUCCUGGAAAUUUGCUCGCUCAGAUGAGCUAACCCGCCAUUUCCGCAAGCACACAGGCAUCAAGCCUUUCCGGUGCACAGACUGCAAUCGUAGCUUUUCUCGCUCUGACCACCUGUCUCUGCACCGCCGGCGCCAUGACACCAUGUGAGCGGCACAGACUGCACUAGAAGAGCUGCACUGGUCUCUUUCUUGUGUGUGUG